AUGACCAAGGGUUUCCAAAGUACUCUGCUCUCCCAAGUGAAAGCUCAAGAAGAGCGAAAGCUGAUUGACAAACUCCGCGAUAUUGGUCUUGGUCAAUACAUUGAACUGCCGCAAAUUGCGGUUAUGGGGGACACUUCCAGCGGAAAAUCGUCGCUCUUGUCGGCGCUUUCCGGCGUCUCGUUUCCAUCAUCCGAUCAACUCACAACGAGAUGUCCUACUCAACUCGUGCUCUCUCGUGCCCACACGUUUAGUGGUACAGUGCGUCUCGUUCGGUUUAAUUCGACUGAUACCACGGAAGGUGAGACGGAUAAUGGGGAAGACAGUGAAGAGCUCACUCACCUGGAUGACGUCCCAUGUGCUAUCACGAAACUCACGCAGAAACUCAUCGACGAAGGCCAAUACAUUAGUGAUGAUCAGAUCGUGAUUGAAAUGAGCGGCCCCGAGAUGCCGAAUCUCACUCUCACCGACUUGCCGGGGCUCGUUCGCACCGUGGGCGAUCACGAGGACCAUAGUAUCAUUUCCAGGGUUCGCCAAAUGAUCAACCGCUACAUGCAGCAAGAACGUACGGUUAUCAUUGCCGUGGUGCCGGCUAACGUUGACAUGCACAAUACGGAGAUUUUGCAAGCAGCUCAAGAGGCGGACCCGAAUGGAACGAGAACCAUUGCGGUGGUGACCAAGGUGGAUUUGGUUGAUGCCGGUGCAGAGUUGGCAGUGCACGAGUUGCUUCUGAACCGGAAGAAGAAAAUGCACUUGGGUUACCACGCUGUCAAGUGCCGCAGUCAGCGAGACUUGUCGAAGGGUGUGAGUAUUCAAAAGGGGUUGGCAGUUGAGAAGGUGUUUUUUGGAGAGCACGAGUAUUGGCGCCGACUACCGACGCACUUGUGGGGAGUGCCACGAUUGAGUGCACGGCUGAUGUCGAUUCUGCAGGACAAUAUCCGCCGGUCGUUGCCAAAGGUGGUGGAAGAGAUUAGUUCGCGCAUGGCGGCGAUGCAAAAGUCGUUGGCAAAACUGGGCUCGCCUUUGGACACCCCCGUCGCGCAGCGUCAGCAGUUUGGCAAAUGGGUCGACCAGUAUCUGCGGCUGAUUAAAGCAGCGAUGAGCGGGCAGUACGAAGCACUGCCAUCUACGCCAACACCGACAGCUUCGGAUCAGUGUUCGACCCCCGCUGAGAUGAACAUUCGUCUUCGAGCCGUUCUCCGCGUCAAGGAAGCUCGUUUUCAAGAGGCGAUCAACUCGUCGAAGGACUGUGCGUUCGGUGGCGAUACGAAGAAGCAGCAUGAAGAAGUGGCAGUCGGAGAUGCCGUGCAAAUUGAGAUUGACGGUCAGUACCACAGCGGACGAGUGAAAGGGAUCAACGGGACGGACAUUUGCUGUGAAGAGUUUGACCAGCAGUGGAAGAGCAAGGACCAUUGGCGCUUUGACGAGCGGGCAAUGCUGAAACAGUUUAUCCGUGAAAACCGCGGCGAUGAACUUCCGAUUUUCACGUCGUACCAAGUCUUUUGCAACUUGUUUCGCAGGAUCGUGGACAAGUGGGGGCCACCGGCGUAUACACUGGUGAGCGCGUAUCAAGUGCAGACGAAGCUCGUGUCGGACUUUGUUUCGGGGGAGAUUGGGGCCAAGUCUCGGGUCGUGCAGUUUCUCAGAAGCACCGCUUCCGAUGUGCUGGAUCGGGUAGUCGCGAAUGCGAGUAAGGAGAUGCGACUUGUGCUGGAGGGCGAAGGUCGUCCGUACACUCAGGACAAACGUUUGUUUGCCGAAUUGGACCAAGAGCAUUCGAAAGCUCUUCGUGAGCAAAUGAACACGUCGAUUCAAGCGGAUGACAGUGGAAAAGUGGAUCUCGCCGAGGUUAUGAAAGUCGUGGAGGCAGCGAAGCUGUCCAUGGAAGAUCGAGAAGCGCUUGAUAUGCAGGCGGCAUUGCAAGCGUAUUUCAAGGUUGCGGUCGCGCGGUUUGCAGACGAGAUUCCCAUGCGGCUGAACGACUUGAUUCUGGAGAGGUUUGUGGAUGAAAUGACAAACGAGCUCAAUGGGUUGACGGAUGCGACACUAGCCCGCUUAAUGCAAGACUCGGAGCUGAAGGUGGCGGAACGUCGUCAGCUCAAGGAGGAAUUUGCCUGCCUGGUGCACGCAAAGAAGGAGAUCGAGUUCGUGUGCUAA